AUGAAUACAGUACCUCCAAUAAAUGAUUCAAUUUUAAAUUCAAUCUUAAAUUCUGGUACAAAUAAAAGACAACGUACUAGAAAAGAGCAAGAGAAUAAUGCUUUUAUCAAUACCAUGUCUAUUGAUAAUCCAACAAAGAAAGUGUAUCCAGGAGAUUUUAAGUCGGAACUAUGUGUUAUUCCAAAAGUUCUCAAUGCAACAGUUCAUCCUCUUGUAUCUUCUUUUUUCGGUUUAGGAAAUGAUCAAAUUAUUACCAGAUAUAAAAAUUUAAAUCCCAAAAUUGAUGUAAAUGUUUUGAGAAAUUGUUUAGAGUAUCAACCAAAAUUUUGUAAAUGGGCAGCCUCUGAUUUCUUCCAUGUAAUUGAUUCAAAUGGUAAACGACAAAUGGUUAUUGUUGAAACCGGUUCAAGUCCAGCAGGACAAGGUGCAAUGCCUUUGUUAGAUAAAAGACCUAAUGGAUAUAAGUUCGUAGCACAAACAGCAUUUAGACAAGCUCUAAAAGAAGCCGAUCCCUCUCUUGGAGAGCUUGCUAUAUUGUGUGAUGUGGCUAGCCAUGAAGCAGACUUAACCGGGUUUGCGGCUGCAAUCUCUGAAGAAACUAAUGAACAUGUUUGGAUUGUAAUGAUUUACGAUGUUGCUAAAUAUGAUCAACUUCUUAAAUGGGAGAAUAAAGUUCUGUAUAUCAAAGAUCAAGAUGAAGCUGGAGGUCAAAACAAAAUUAUGGCAGCAAAAUCAUUUGAAUUAUUUAAUACUGAACUUUCUGGAAGUGGGCUUGCUAUUCGUUUUCCAAGAACCGUAUGCAAUGUAAACAAGAGCGAAAUUUCUUCAUGUAUCGAAAAGAUGGGUGGUCAUGUGGUGAUUAAAUCUCCCUAUGGCGCUUGUGGGGAUGGUGUUUACACAAUCACUAAUUCAGAAGAAUUAAAAGAAUUCCUUGAUGCUAAGCAUCAUUACCAAAAAUUUAUUGUACAAUCUCUUGUUGAAAGUGCAUUAUGGUCUACAGAAUUAUGCCCUGGAAAAUUCUACCAAAUUGGUACUAUGCCAAAUUGUCAUAAUCAAACUUUUUUUUUUGACUUGAGAAUAAUAGUGACUACCGAUGAGACAGGAUUUCAUCCUGUGACUAUUGCUUCACGACGUGCUCGUGAGCCACUACCCAUUUAUCUACCAAAUAAUUCUAAUU